GUAUCUGGAUUUGUUCAUAACUCCAAAGUCAUGUUCACCAUUAAGUUGCAGUCAGUAAAAUGUGAAUAAUACAGGUGUAAUAAUACACUUAGUUACAGGUUAGUUUCAAUGAAAAGCUCAGCUAAAUCAGCGAUGAAUAAGAAAUGUGCUGCAACACAUCCGCACCCGAGUCAGUGCUUGUGCUGCCCUUCGCUGCAAGUUUACCGCCCAAGGCAGGGUACGCCCCGGGUGACGCUACGCUUGUAAUGAAUUGUUUCCAUAGCGAUACAAUUACAGUGUGUUUAAAGUGAGCGAAAACAAAAAGCACGUCUCCUCCAGUACGUCCCGUUCGAUAGCAGAGUCCGGUGUUUGUCGGCAUCCCGUCGCUUUCUACUUUCUCUAUAAUGUACACAGCCAGGAAAAGCGUAGUAAUGCAGGGAUGUGCCUCGAGUCAUUUAUGAGUACAGACUGUGAGCAUCAACAAGGCCAUCAACACCCAGGAGGUGGCUGUGAAGGAGAAGCAUGCCAGGACCUGCAUUCUGGGCACGCACCAUGAGAGAGGCGCUCACACCUUCUGGGCGGCGGCCAACCGGCUGCCCCUGUCCAGCAACGCCGUGCUCUGCUGGAAGUUCUGCCACGUUUUCCACAAGCUGCUGCGCGACGGACACCCCAACGUCAUUAAGGACUCAAUGAGGAACAAGGCGGACCUGAGUGACAUGAGCAGGAUGUGGGGUCACCUGAGCGAAGGUUACGGCAAGCUCUGCAGCGUCUACCUCAAACUGCUCAUCACCAAGAUGGAGUUCCACAUCAAGAAUCCUCGUUUCCCCGGCAACCUGCAGAUGACGGACAGACAGCUGGAGGAAGCAGGAGAGAAUGAUGUCAACAACUUCUUCCAGCUCACCGUCGAGAUGUUCGACUACCUGGAGUGUGAGCUCAACCUCUUCCUGGCAGUGUUCAGCUCGCUGGACAUGUCACGUUCCGUGUCGGUGACGGCAGCCGGCCAGUGCCGCCUGGCCCCCCUCAUCCAGGUGAUCCUGGACUGCAGCCACCUGUAUGACUACACCGUGAAGCUGCUCUUCAAGCUGCACUCCUGCCUUCCAGCAGACACCCUCCAGGGCCACAGGGACCGCUUCCAGGAGCAGUUCAAGAAGCUCAAGAAUCUCUUCUACCGCUCUAGUAACUUGCAGUACUUCAAAAGACUCAUUCAGAUCCCACAGCUGCCUGAGAAUCCCCCGAACUUCUUGCGGGCUUCGGCGCUCUCGGAGCACAUCAGCCCAGUGGUGGUGAUCCCCCUGGAGGCCUCGUCGCCCGAGAGCGAGAACGUUGUGGAGACCGAGGAGCUGGUGGACACAGACGUCCCCGCGCAGCCGAGCGCCCCUGAGAACCGCUUCGAUGAUGUCUUCGGCACCUCCUCUGCCUCAGACCCGUUCAACUUCAACAAUCAGAAUGGCAUGUACAAGGAUGAGCGAGACUCCCAGAUUGAGCAGCUCACGCGGGAGGUUCGGGCCCUGAAGGAGGAGCUGGAGUCCUUCAAGAUGGAGAGUUCCCGGCUGUGCCAGUCGCUGCGGAGCCGUGUGAGCGAGUUGGAGGCCGAGCUGGAGGAGCAGAGCCACCUGAAACAGCAGGCGCUGGGCGAGAGCGAGUUCCUCCGCGCCGAGCUGGAGGACCUGCGCAGGGUCAGGGAGGAUACGGAGAAGGAGCAGCGGAGCCUCACGGAGAUCGAGAGGAGGGCGCAGGCCAACGAGCAGCGCUACACCAAGCUCAAGGAGAAGUACACAGCGCUGGUGCAGAGCCACGCGGACCUUCUGAGGAAGAACGCAGAAGUGACCCGGCAGAUGACGGUGGCACGGGCUGCCCAGGACGAGGUGGAGUGCGUGAGGAAAGAGAUGGAGGAGCAGGUGAAGGCUGCCCAGGGGGAGGCGCUGCGCCGGGAGAAGGAGCAGGAGGAGCAGGUUCAGACCCUGCAGGAGGAGCUGCAAGCAAGCAGGGAGGAGCUGGAGAGGCUAAAGGAGAGUGUGGCCUCCUCGCAGCAGUCGAGCAAGGCCCUCAGCUCCCAGGUCUCCACUCUGGAGAUGGAGAAGUCGAGCCUGGCCGAGACGCUGGCGCAGAAGGAGGCCGAGCUCACAGGACUGGGAGCAGAGCUGGAGCGCGUGCAGGGCAGCCUGGCAAGCGAGCGGGCGAGUGGGGUGAAGGUGGCCGAGACGCUGCAGAACCAGCUCAACGAGAAGGAGAGCCGGGAGCAGGAAUUGGAAAGUCAACUGGUCGCUGCACGCUGGGCUGCCCUCCAAGGGGCGCUAGGGGAGGCAGAGCAGAUAAUACAGGACUCGCUGACACGGCUGGAUGACCCGGCGCACAUCAGCUGCACCAGCUCUGCAGACUACCUGGUGUCCAGAGCUGACACGGCCCUCAACUGCGUGGACAGACUGCAGUCUGCCAGGGACCGUUACCUGACCGACAGCACAGACGUGUCGGAGAUGCUGCGGGCGGUGGCCCAGUUUGCCCACCUGCUUGGGGACACGGUGGUCCAGGGAAGUGCCACGUCGCACAUGGUGGCUGCAGAGCUGGCCGACACUCUGGCAGAGGAUGUCAAGUCCUGUGGCUCAGAAGCCUUGGCGCUGCUGACCCGGCUUAAGGAGCAAAGCACCAUGGGUACAGCUGACGGCAGCUCACUGAAGGCCGCGCUGAGCCGUGUCAGGGGCACCGCAGAGGAGCUGAGGCCCCGAGGCUUGGAGCUGCAGCAGGGUGAGCUGGGAGACCUGGUCGAGCAGGAGAUGGCCGCCACCUCGGCCGCCGUGGAGUCGGCCGCUGCCAGAAUCGAGGAAAUGCUGAACAAGUCCCGAGCCGUGGACACGGGCGUGAAGAUGGAGGUGAACGAAAGGAUCCUGGCCUCUUGUACAGAGCUCAUGGAGGCCAUCAAAGAGCUGGUGCUGUCCUCCAAAGACCUGCAGCGGGACAUCGUGGAGAGCGGGAGGGGGGCUGCAUCCAUGAAGGAGUUCUAUGCCAAGAAUUCCCGCUGGACAGAGGGGCUCAUCUCGGCCUCUAAGGCAGUGGGCUGGGGUGCCACUGUGAUGGUGGACGCUGCCGACCUGGUGGUGCAGGGACAGGGCAAGUUCGAGGAGCUCAUGGUGUGUUCGCACGAGAUCGCCGCCAGCACCGCGCAGCUCGUGGCCGCGUCCAAGGUGAAGGCCGACAAGGACAGCCCCAACCUGGCCCGCCUGCAGCAGGCUUCCCGUGGGGUCACCCAGGCCACCGCCGGCGUCGUCGCCUCCACCAAGUCCGGCAAGUCCCAGAUUGAGGAGAAAGACACGAUGGACUUCUCCAGCAUGACCCUGACUCAGAUAAAGAGGCAGGAGAUGGACUCACAGGUUCGCGUGCUGGAGCUGGAGACGUGGCUGCAGAAGGAGAGGGAGAGGCUGGGCGAACUCAGGAAGAAACACUAUGAGCUGGCCGGUGUGGCUGAGGGCUGGGAUGAGGAGGAGGGUACAGGCUGAGGGCCAGAGGAGCCCCGCCCCCCGGGUCCCUGUCCACAUCACCCGCAGUCCCCCGUUUCCACACACUCCUCCAUCUACGCUUUCUCACACUUCUGCUUUUCUUACGCCAAACAAAACGGUGCUCCUUUUGUAAAGUCCUCCUCCAGCAGCUUAAAAGCAACAAGGAAACGGGCAACGUCAGCGUCCCGGGGCCUGGUUUCCCUCUGGCCCCCUCCGCUGGACUGCCGGGGAACUGCGGCCUUGCUGUCGGUCCACCCGCUUCAUGGCUUUUUAAUUCCCCCUUGUGCUGUGUAGAGCAUCCCGUUUUCCACGACGGACGCCAUCCAAGCUCUUCCUCCUGGUGACCCGGAAGGACUCCUUCAGACUACAGGGCACCACUUCCUUUGUAACGGUUCCUGUAACACUGUGGUCCCCAUCCCCGUCGCGCACUGCCAGCCCCGCCCUACUCCUCCGCCCCUGGACUCGGUAGUCGUAUUGUAGUACCGCAUACCUGGUCACGGUGCUCCACGGGUGACCAACAGCCCCUGCUGUUGUGGGCGCGGUCUCACCCGUUUCCUGCAAACACUGCCCCCUAGUGUUCGUUUCUGUGUCUCGUGCCCUUGUUAACUUCGCACACUAAUAGUGAGUUGUGUGCUGUUCACAAAAGUAAAUUCCCAAGAUGGGGGUCCAACAUGGACGUGGAGGGGCUGGGAUCACAGACAGCAGAUGGACAGCUACACUGCCCCCCCGUGUUUGUUUCUGCCGUGUGUUGUGUUGUGUGUGACCUUUAACCUGUCCAGCCUUCUACUCCGAAGCUGUUUACUACUUGCGUACUCUUGUAGAUGCCAGUGUGUUAGAGCGACGGCUGGCACUCCCACACAAGUAGCCUUGACUUCAGCUCACAUGUUGUGUGUAGAGCGUUUAUCUUCCCCUGUCCAGACUGACCGCUCGAUCCCCGCGGUCAUGCAGCCUCAGGAGCUCCGGCUUCGUUUUGUCCUCCCGCUUCCACCGCAUACUAGGAACAGGAGCGCGGACGAGGGACGGGAGAAGCCAGUGCCUUUGGAGCGACGUGCUGGACCUGUGGCCAAGGGGGAAGCGAGCGAACCAGAGCGCCGAUCGCCGGGCUGUUUGCUGGGGUCGAGUCGAGACACGAGGUGGCGCUGUAAGGGCCCACCUGGGGUGCAGCUCGCAGGAGCGGAUCGCAUCCCGAUGCCGAUCCUGAGCAUGUCCUCCUUUGCCCUCCGCCAUGUGAGCAACAGUAGCACAGAGAGUCAGCCUUUCUCUAGGAAUUUUAACCGCUUUUUGGCCGGGCUGGGGGCCGGUGACUGGUUCAAAAGGCGAGCAUAAAUAGGCGGGACCCCAACGGUCCCAGGUGCGCUCGUCUCUUGAGGGGCGGGGCCUUCGCGGGUAGAGUCCUUCACAGGUUACACUCGUGGCCAUUCCAGACUCGGAGGUCUUUCGUCCAAUCGGAAUGACGGACCGGUGUGACGUGGUCAGCAGUCCGGUCUGAUGGUCCAAAAACCUAGAGCUGCUCCUGGUCAUUCAGACAUAACCAAGCUGAGAUGCUGAAAGCAAUGCGUGUUCUGGUAGGCCGGUGUUUUUGGAUGUUUAUUUUAAACUUUUUUUCUAUUUUUUUUGGGUGUGUGUGUGUGAGAGAGAGAGAAAAACAUGCUUUUAUUAUUCUACAGUUAGACUUCCCUAGUUCUCCUCAUUCUGUAGCACUGCCUUAGUUCAUAGGUGAAGUUGUAACACUGGGUAUUUUACUGCAUUUCUGCAAUAGUGCAAGGUAUUAAACUUCCAUCAUUAGUGCGAUUGUCUCACCAGCCCAGACAGCCUUUCUGCUGAAUCCCUCACUUUGGACAAGAAGGAAGAACACUUUAAUAAAGUUUCAUUAAUAAAACAUGACAAAAUUAAGAAAAAAAGUCUUUGUACCAUAUACUAAAAUGAUC